AUGAUCCUCACAACCCUCCUCCCCCUCUCCCUCCUCGCAACCGCCUCCCUCGCCAAACCAAUCCUACCCCCCCGCGCCGCCGACGACGCCAACACCGCCCUCAACGCAACCUCCAUCAUCGCCCAAACCGCCCCCAAAUCAACCUCGUGCGACGGCGUAACCUCCUUCCCAGAAGAAUGCGCAACAGCAUCCCACGUAGCAUCCUACCUCCCCCAAGCCUUCCAAAAAUACAACAUCUACUCAAAGGGCGAAAUGGCCGCCGUCCUCUCCCUCAUGGCCUUCGAGACGGGCGACUUCCGCUACAACCGCAACCACUUCCCGUCCCCAGGCCGCCCCGGCCAGGGCACGCGCAACCUCCAGAUGGCGGGGUAUAACCUCAUGUACGCCCUCUCGAUCCCGGAACUCGCGAGCAAAGCGACCGAGAUUGCGGGCGGCGUCACGGACGGCAACAGCUUGACCGACGACAAGAAGAACCAAAUCCUCGACCUCGUCCUGCCUGAUGACUAUACCUGGGGCUCGGCCGCCUGGUUCCUCGCGACGCAGUGCGACGACGACGUCAAGGAGAACCUCGCGGCUGGCACCGUGAAGGGGUUUACCCUCUACAUGGGCUGCAUCGGCACGUCGGGUACCGAGGACCGCGUCGAGUACUGGUCCAGGGCCAAGGGUGCUUUCGGGGUGGCAUAA